AUGAAGUUUGAAGAGAAGUUUCUGUCACUUCAGGCCCCAGAAUGGAGACCAAACUAUCUUCCUUACAGACGGCUGAAAGCUAUGCUGAAAUCGACCGCCAAAGGAGGGCAUCCGCCGCCAUAUGAAAUCAACCUGAAAGGUACGUUUGACCUUGCGGUUGGUGGUGUGAAAAUUUGCGUGUUGUCUGACUUCAUGCUAGAUUUUAUGUCGGCCUUUCGCUGUGCUCUUGGUACGAUAAAGGUGUUUAUAGAUACCCAGUUGCUUACACUCAAGGGCAAAGAGAGCAUUGUACUGGAGCCUUAUAAACGAGUCCGUCAAGGGGCAACGUCAUUGGCCGUGGAGGACGAGUACUUGAUAUACGGUGAACUCCUUGAAGACUACGACCGGUUACACAUGUUCAUUAGAUUGAACUAUGAGGGCUCUCAAAGGAUAAAUUCCAAAGUUGAAAAAUCUCAGAGGAUAUUUCAUACAACACCAUAUCGUGGACUCGAUGGCCUCAUUGAGGAACAAGCAUUCUGUGAAAGGCAGUGUUUGACGGAGAUAGAGAGACUACAAAGAAUGAUCAGCAGCACGAGACAAGGCAGCAAUUCUCUAUCUGCUUGCAGCUUGACGAGUCUCUCCGAGGAGUGUUCCGAUGCCCGACUUCUCCUUACUACUAUGAACAAUGAUAUCCUUGCUAACCAAUCCAUCAAUUUGAGCCGUUUAUUGGGCAAGCUAAAGCGCACACCGGAUAUUUCCAAGGACAUGGUCGCCGAAGUUUUCAACACUUCUUUGACAAUGUCAAUCAUGUGCCGGUCCUGGUCAUGUACCACAGCUUUAAUCGAGAGCCACCCUGCAGAGACAAGAUCUUUGGUCAAUAGUAGCUGGCUCAAUAGUCUUCUCUUGGCUAUAUUCCGACAUUCUCGUCUAAGGUCAAUAUCUUCCCAUGAAAUGGAUUCACGGAUGAGAGAGAAUUUUGACCCUCAAAACUUGUUUAUGAAACUGUUUAAUCUCAUACUCGACCAUGCUGGGAUAAAUGCCAAGGAUCUUUUAAUCACCCCAGAUGCUGCCGGUGCGGUUUCACUACAAUAUAGUGCUCAACUUGGACUCCCGGCGAUUUGCGACUUCAUUAUAAAGUAUUUAAAAGAACUGGGAAUCUCACCAAGUUCAGUUAUAUUGGCUGCAAAUACAACGGGCAUAACACCACUCCAGUGGUCUGUUGCACGGGGGCAUGUCCAUGUCGCCCGCAUAUUCCUGGAUGCCGUAUAUUUCGGCAUAAAUGAGGCCAGUGAUAACAUACUCAAUGACCUGCUAACUAUCGCUAUCGAAUACCAAUAUGAUGAGUUAGUCCAGCUUCUAGCUUCCAGGUGUACUAUGGUCAAUCAAUUCUCUAGUAACGGAGAAACUUGUUUGCAUGCCGCUUCCCGGGUUGGCAGGAGGGACUACGUUGAUACCAUUUUGGAGAUUGCUUCUCAACAAAAUACGGCAAUUGAUGCCCAGGAGGAAACGUAUGGAUGGACACCAUUAACUACAGCCAGCAUACGGGGGCAUCUGCCAAUAGUUGAAGCUCUCCUUCGCGCUGGUGCAAAUGAGCUACUGUCUGACUAUCAAGGUUGGACAGCAAAGGAUCACGCAGCGUUUAGAGGGCAUUUUGCAGUUGCUAAUAGGCUCCAGACGAACAAGGUUACAACACCAACGAUCCAAAACCCUUGCAUGACUACACCACCUUUUAAUCUCGUGGGUGAUACUGCGUAUCUCAUUGUUAACCUAGGGACAGUGCAAAAGGGCAGAGAAAUUAACCCCCUUGAUUUGGAGGAUAUUUCAACAAUGUCAGGUCAAUUGUUACCUGAAAGUGCACUGAGUCUAGAAAUCUCCACCUCUGGAGGUACUGCUCAUAUACUGAGAUUACCCUUUUUAAGGGAUCUGGUUGAUGAUACAUUGAUUUUCCCUAUUGGCGACACCUCAGAAACUCAUCUCGUGUUUAAACUGCUCAAGAAUACUUCGGACUCAAACUUGGGCAACAUACUUAUUGGCAGCGGUAUAUCUCUUUUAUCAAGCAAAAAUGACGCAAAUAUUUCUUACCAUAAGAGCCUGAUUAGAGAAAGCACCGUACCGAUCUUGGAGAAGGAAACUAUGAGACUCAUAGGAAAACUUACGUUUACCUCCUUCAUUGCUACCCCUUUCCUAGAUUUGAAUACUCGAUCUUCAAGUUUUGAAUAUCUGGAGAAAACUCGGUCAACACAGUUAAUUGGGCAUCGAGGUAAGCCAGCAGCGUUCAUCCAUAUAACUCUUUCUUACACUCAUUCUAGGUUCCGGGCAAAAUACAGCAGACCGUGGCUAUCUUCAGUUAGGGGAAAACACUAUUCAAGUAAGAGGUAA